GCGCGCGAGGGGGGACUUUUCCAUUUCUCUCGCUUUUUGGGGAUUUUAAGACAUUUUUAUUAUUAUUCGACCGGGCCACAGAGGAGAGGAAAAAAAAUACGGGUUACUUUGGAGAAAGCACAAUGUCAGCGACCUUCCCCGGACUUGUCCACGACGCAGAGAUACGUCACGACGGAUCAAACAGCUACCGGCUCAUGCAGCUCGGCUGUCUGGAGUCCGUAGCCAACUCCUCGGUCGCCUACUCCUCCUCCUCCCCGCUCACCUACCCGACACCGGCGGGGACGGAGUUCGCCUCACCCUAUUUCUCGGCCAACCACCAGUACACGCCCCUCCACCACCAGUCCUUCCACUACGAGUUCCAGCAUUCCCACCCAGCCGUGGCCCCGGAGGCCUACGGCCUGAACUCGCUGCAUUCGGGCCAAUACUACCAGCAGAUCCACCACGGAGAGCCCGCCGACUUCAUCAACCUGCACAACGCGCGCUCGGCCCUCAAGUCCUCGUGCCUGGACGAGCAGCAGCGGCGCGAGCUGGGCUGCCUCGACGCUUACCGGCGCCAUGACCUGUCGCUGAUGACGUCACACGGCUCGCAGGCCUACGGCGUCGGUAUGCACCAUCCGGACCAGAGGCUGCUGCCCGCCGCCGGCCUAGGCCUCCCUCCUCCUGCGGCGGACGACCUGCAGGGCUCCGUGGAAGCGCAGUGUGGGCUCGUGCUGAACGGCCAAGGGGGCGUCAUCCGGAGAGGGGGAACAUGUGUGGUGAAUCCUACAGAUUUGUUCUGCUCGGUACCGGGCCGGCUUUCGCUGCUCAGCUCCACCUCAAAGUACAAAGUGACAAUUGCUGAGGUGAAAAGAAGACUGUCCCCGCCAGAGUGCCUCAACGCCUCCCUACUGGGCGGCAUACUGCGUAGAGCGAAGUCUAAGAAUGGAGGCCGGUGUCUUCGUGAGAAAUUAGACCGUUUAGGGCUCAACCUUCCGGCAGGACGGAGGAAAGCUGCCAACGUCACACUGCUCACCUCCCUGGUGGAAGGUGAGGCGCUCCACCUGGCGAGGGACUUCGGCUACACCUGUGAGACAGAGUUUCCCAGUAAGGCAGUGGGUGAACAUUUGGCGAGGCAGCACAGUGAGCCAAAAGAAACCAGCGCACGCAAGAAAAUGGUCCUGGCUACAAAGCAAAUCUGUAAGGAGUUCCAGGACUUAUUGAGCCAAGAUCGCUCUCCUCUGGGCUCCUCCAGACCAACACCAAUCUUGGACCUGGACAUCCAGAGACACCUCACACACUUCAGUUUGAUCACUCACGGGUUUGGUACGCCGGCAGUCUGUGCAGCUCUCAGCACCUUCCAGACAGUCCUGAGCGAGAUGCUCAACUACCUGGACAAAAACUCGAGUGGGAAAACGAGCGGAGCCGGCGACCAACAGAUCAACAACAGCUCGGAAAAGACGCAGCUCCGGAAAACAGCCGAGCCCCAGAGCAAAGACGGGAAAACAGAAAAGACUGAGUAGCCCCCACCCACCUGGUCCCCGUGCCUUGGAGCGCUGCAUUUAGGAGUGUGUGUGUGUGUGUGUGUGUGUGUGCACUCUGAAAGAGGAUGUGUUAUUUCCCAUGCAUUACUGUAUCUUCUUUGGGACAAUUCUUAUUUAUUGUUAUUUAUUUAUCUUAUGUUGAAAUGCAACACUAACUGAACUGUCCCAAGCAAGACAUCCUGAUGUGUGAGCGAAAGCAACACAUCCAGUGUAAGCAUGUGCGUGUUUGUGUGUGCAUCAUGACAAGGAGGAGCCUUGCCAUGGAGAUGGCUGUGACUCAUCUAGUACUUUGUUUAUUUAUUAAUUCUGAAAACAGGAAGUAAACAAUACAGUUUCCCAGGACAGGUUGGGGAGUUACUGCCAACACAAUCAUACAUAUUACACACACAUAUUCAGAGUUUGUGGGGAUUUGAGUUCAAUCCAGUUAACUCAGGUGUGGAUACUCUGCAAAAUUAUGAAACCUGGAGCUGUUUUUUUUUCCUCUAAAGUAUCAUCUAAUGUGUUUUGUAUUUAAUUAUUAAGAGACAGCAACCACAUAAGUUACAGGUUUGUUUUUUUGUGCAGUUUCCAGCUGACUAAAAUAAAACAAUUAGACCUUCCAGACAUCUUCAACAGCUAAAAACUGUUAAACCCUGAU